GUUUCCCGCGUUCUUGUGAAGGUUUGUUUUGUAUUCGUUGCUUUUAGCAGACGGUACAGACUUGGGGGAUACCGCUGUGAUGGUUGCCAAACGAAGGCUUUCUAAAUCAGAUGACAGAGAUGAGAAUCUAGCUCCUGAUACCACAAAGGCAAAGAAGAGUCGCAUAAGCACAAAGAAGCCAAAAGCCAUUCCUCAAGAUGGAUUGGUGGAAAAUGACAGUCUAUUUGUACAAUUACUCAAAUCAUCUGGAAUGACACUUCGGUCUGGAGACCGUCAGAAUGAAAUAGCGGUUGAUCAAGCUGUGUUCCAAAAGAAACUUCAGCAAUCAUUGAGGAAGCAUCCGAGGUACCCAGAUGUUAUUCAGGAGUUUGUAAGUAGUUUAGAAUCACAUAUUGAAGACCGUGACUUGUUUAGGAAUUGCCUUCUUCCCUGUGGGACUUUUCAAGCAGAGGAUGCAAGUCAUUUGAACAGCUCAUUCCAUGAUAGCCUCAUUAAGCUUCUGCUUGGAACUGAACUUUUACAGGACUCUGUCAUUAACUUGCUGUUUGAGAAGCUCCCUGAGUUUCUAUAUGAAAGUGUUGGCAGUGAUGGCAUCAGUAUUCCUCGACUUAUCAUCAACCAAUUUAAGUGGCUGGACCGUGUGGUAAAUUGCAAGGAUCUUUCUUCAAAAAUUAUGCAGCUGGUUGUUGUGGCGCCUAUUGAUAUCCAGCAUGAUAUUAUCACUAGUCUGCCUGAAAUCUUGGAGGAUUCCCAGCAUAACGACAUUGCCAAGGAACUGAAUUGUUUGCUGCAAAAGAACAUCCAGCUUACUGUGCCAAUUCUUGAUGCCCUCUCGAGCCUAAAUCUAAAUGCAGGCCUUCUUAUUGAAGUGCGCCGGUCUGUCAUGUCCACCCUGUCUGCAGUUGAACUCGAAGAUUUACCCGUUAUAAUCAAGUUUAUUCUUCACUCGGUAACCCCUUCAGAUGCAGUGGAGGUUAUUUCUGAGCUCCGUCAGACUUUGGACCUGGAGACAUGUGUCUCGCUUACCCAGAUACAAGCCUCGCAGAUCAAAACGAAGAACAGUACUCUGACUGGUUCCACAGUGAACCAAACAAAUAGCAGCAAGGACUGUGUUUCUCUUCUCAUGGAUGUCAUGAAAUCAGCGGUCCGGUUCCAAAAACAUACUUCUGAAGCAUGGAUCAAGGCCAUAGAAAGUGUUAAUACCGUAGCAGAUCACAAGGUUACAGAUUUGAUUGUUUUGCUGAUACUGUACACAACAAACAAUAGCAAGAAGCAAGUGGAACGGGUCCUGAGAAAUAAAAUACGGUUGGGUUAUAUAUCUGACCAGUUACUACAGAGCUCUUUCAGGAAUCACUCUCAGGUCUUGAGAGAAUACUUUCCUUCCAUCCUGUCCCUGGCUCAGACACUCCUACGGUCAGCAGAACCAAAUGUGGUCUCCUUUAGCAGUUUUAUGUAUAAAAGAGCUUUCUCUGCCUUUGAUUCUUAUUGUCAACAGGAAGUAGUCGGGGCUCUUGUUACCCAUGUGUGCAGCGGCUAUGCUGGGGAAGUGGAUGUGUCGCUGAACGUGCUCACCGAAUUGGUAUCUAAUCACUCCACUGCAUUGACUCAGUAUGCUGUAUUUAUAAAGGGUAUACUAGAUUAUUUAGAUAAUCUAAAUGCUCAGCAAAUCCGCAAACUCUUUCAAAUUCUAAGCAUGCUUGCCUUCAACAAAGGCCAAGAAGGUGGUCACAUUCAGGAUGACAUGUACAUUGUAAUCAGGAAGCAGCUGUCUAGCACUCUACUGAAAUACAAGCGUAUUGGAAUCAUUGGUGCUGUGCAGAUGGUGGGAAGUAUGGCCGUGGAUAGGAAAACAAAGUCAGGAGCCAAAGACCCAGGAAAUAAGCCUCUUGGCCCGGACUGCUACAAGCAGGUUGCAGCCCUGCUCCAGUUGGUGUGCACCUGCAUUGAGAAGACACCAGAAGCUUCUGCACUUUACUAUGAUGAAAUGGCCAGCCUGGUACAAAAGAGAAACCUGGAGCCACAAGUUAUGGAUCUUGUAAGAAAAACUGUCCUUGAGGAUUUUCAAGAUGAUUUUGUGGUGGAUCUUGAUCAGGCAUCUGAGGGCAAUUAUAUGUUCCCUGUGAAAGCCAUGUAUAGCCUUGAUGAGGAUGAAAGCCAAGGUGGCAUAGUCAUCAACCUCCUACCCCUUCUGUCCAAGGAAAUUGCCUCUAGCGGUACACUGCAAGAAACCAACAAAGUAGGACGACAUGUGUCUCCCCUCUGCUUGUCUCCGUUUUUCCGGCUUCUGCGACUAUGCAUAGAGGACGAGCAAGAUGGCAACUUGGAAGAAAUUGAUGCUUUGUUAGGCUGCCCUCUGUAUAUGACAGAUCUGGAAGUAACAGAAAAGUUAGAGUCUAUCUCCAAAUCGGAGCGCGAGUUCCUUUGUUCGCUUCUCUUCUUUGCACUUAACUGGUUCAGAGAGGUUGUAAAUGCGUUCUGCAAGCAGCAGAAUGCGGAAAUGAAAGGAAAGGUCCUCACACGUCUGCAGAAUAUCACUAGGCUGCAGGAGGUUCUGGAAAAAUGUCUGUCAGCUACUCCGGCGUAUAUCCCUCCACCGGCAAACUUUGACUCAGAAUCACAAGAGGCAGUUCCUUCCCCUGCCCCAGCCACGGCGGCAAAAAAGACAAAAAAGGGUAAAAAAAAAAAAUCUGCUGAAAGUAAGAACUCGUCUGCAGACAGUUCUCAGAUAGAAGAACAUCAAGACGCAGAGCCAUCUGAGGUAGACAAGAGUCAGCCUGAGAAGGAGAAGGAAGAUAAUAAGCUUACUGUCAGCCUAAACAGCUACCGUGCAUUUUUUCGGGAGCUAGAUUUGGAUGUUUUCAUUGUUCUACAGUGUGGUCUCGUUACUCGUUCUAUUUUGGACAGUGAAUUACACACUAAGGCUACCGAAGUGGUGCAGCUUGGGCCUGCUGAACUGGUCUUUCUCCUGGAGGAUCUCACCCGGAAGAUGGAGCAUAUUCUUACAUCAAAUGCAAAGAGACCCACUUUUUUAAAGGUGAAAGGAUCCAAAAAUAUUGGCUUCUCGCUACUCCAUCAAAAGACAGCACAAGAAGUGGCACAGGCAAUCGUGGACUUGCUGAAUUCUCUCUGCAACCAUGUGGAAAACAUGCACAGCUACUUCCAGUUGCUUAUGGCUGAAAACCCUGGCGUAGAAGAUGCCCCAGCCGUUGAUGCGAAGGAGCAUCAGUACAUGUCCUAUUGUUACCAGCUGCUUUUGCAAGUUUUCCACACGCUUUUUGCUUGGGGUGGAUUUUCUCAGCAUGAAAACCGCAAACUGUUGAAGUCUGCACUUGGUGUGUUGGCCGGACGGUUGAAAGAGGUCGACGCAGAGCUUGCCUUGGAGGAACUUGCCAGCCAAAGCUUCAGUUAUCUGCAGAACCUUCACACCAGUGUCCCUACUUGUUCCUCUGCUUUAUGCCUCAUUCAGCUCCUUAUUGUCCUCACAGAAAAGACAAAUGCUACUCAGUACCAGAACAACAUAGCAUCACUGGCAAAAAGAUUUCUCUGUCAGUCUUGGGUCCAAACUAAUGGAGAGCGUGAGAAAGGGAUCCGAUUCAAUGAGACGCUGCAGAGCCUUCUGUGUAUUUACCUUGAGCGUACCGACGAUGUCUUGAAAGCCGUGGAGGAAAUUGCUGGAGUUGGAAUACCUGAGCUUGUGAAUGCAGAUAAGGAUGGAUCAUCAUCUACAUAUCCUACACUUACUAGGCAAACCUUUGUGGUGUUCUUCCGAGUUCUGAUGGAUAAACUUGAGAAGUGUGCGAGGAACAUCCCGGCUGGAAAGAAUUCUGACAGUAAUCAGAUCCAAACUGAACAACUUCUGCGCUGGAGUUUGGCUGUCAGAGAUUUCCAUAUUCUUGUUAACUUGGUUAAGGUGUUUGAUAGCAGGCCAGUGUUAAGCGUCUGCCUUAAGUAUGGUCGUUUGUUCUUAGAAACUUUCCUGAAGCUUGGGAUGCCUCUCCUUGACAACUGUUUCAAAAAGCUUAGGGAAGAUGUACAAAGCUUGCUAAAAACCUUACAGCUAAGCACUAGACAGCUUCAUCACAUGUGUGGGCACUCUAAGAUUCACCAAGAUACUGGACUGACUCACCAUGUACCGCUGCUAAAGAAGACCUUGGAGCUCUUUGUAUAUAGAGUGAAAGCAAUGCUGGUUCUGAACAAGUGUCAGGAGGCUUUCUGGCUGGGGAAUCUUAAAAACAGGGAUCUCCAGGGGGAGGAGAUCUUGUCACAGGUGCCCAUGGACAGCGAGGCUGAGGAGGAACAGGAAUCUCAGCUACCAGCAGAGGAAGAGGAUGCCGAAGAGGAUGAAGACAAUGAAGGAAGCAACAAGGAAAUGGAGUCGGGGGAUGAUACAGAGGAAGAUUCCGUUUAAAGCAAGGAUUUUUGCUAUUAAUAAUGUGAGAGCUGCUGACAUGCGAGAUCUUAAAGGAGAGAGAUAAUUGAUCAGUGUUCCUGAAUAAACAUUAAAUUGAAAUAAAAUACGAGAAUCUGUUAAA